GUAUCAUGGACACAAUGAUAGUAGAGGUAGAAGUCAACUCACAAUGAAGAUAAACACACAUUCCUUCAUAGGAUGCCCAGCAACUUUAGCAAACAUUCAACAAUUUUCAACAUCAUUCAUGAUUACCAAUUCCCCCUUUCAUUACAUGAAAGAUGCCCCCCUACUUUUACAAUAACCACUCUCCAUCCAACAUAUAUGCUCAUGCUUAAGAUGAAGAGAGCACAACAGCUACUACCUCUGCUUUUUGUAUGGCUUUCUUUUGCUGCACUUCUGCACUAUUAUAGCCUCCUUACCACUGCUCAACCAAUACAUUCAGCCAAUUUCAAGAGCAGCCAUCCAAACAACAAGCUCGGGAACACAAAUGGAUACUUUCGUGCUGCUUCAGGGAAAGAGAUGAAGAUCCAUAAGAAACCAUCUGGACCGAAUCCGAUUGGAAAUCAACACCCACCAUCAAGGCCUUGAAGUGAUAGAUGAGCUUGUUUAUGGACAAAAUGUGUUUGUUAGAGGUUUGAAAUAUGUACUAGAUAGAACAACUUCAUCUCUGGGGUAUUGUAUCUGCAAAAAAAAUUAAAAAAAUUGGAAUAAAUUUCAAGGUUCACUUUACAUUGGCCUUCAACA